CAAGUCCAAGAGUCAAAUGAGUAUUGAGGGAUCAUCACUACUGCUCCUUCUUACCGACUCCACCAGGCACAGCAACACUGCGAUAAGACUUGAGAAUGGAAAUCCCAAUCCCAACUCGACAGUUGUUCAUUGACGGAGAAUGGAAGCCCCCCAUCCUCAGUAACAGAAUUCCAAUUAUCAACCCUUCCACUCAGCAAGUCGUCGGGGACAUUCCAGCUGCCACCAAGGAGGAUGUAGACGCCGCCGUCGCCGCCGCUAGAAGAGCACUCAACCGCAACAAAGGCAACGACUGGCCUUCUGCUUCCGGCGCUCACCGAGCCCGCUAUCUCCGCGCCAUCGCUGCCAAGGUCGUCGAGAGAAAGGAUCACCUCGCUAAGCUUGAAUCCCUUGAUUGCGGAAAACCACUCGAUGAAGCUGCCUGGGACAUGGAUGAUGUUGCUGGUUGCUUCGAGUUCUACGCUGACCUUGCCGAGAAACUCGACGCUAAGCAGAAGGCAACCGUUUCUCUUCCCAUGGAAACUUUCAAGAGUUAUGUCCUCAAAGAACCCAUUGGUGUUGUUGGAUUAAUCACCCCAUGGAACUAUCCUCUGUUAAUGGCUACAUGGAAGGUUGCCCCUGCUCUGGCAGCUGGUUGUGCUGCGAUAUUGAAGCCUUCUGAAUUGGCAUCUGUGACAUGUUUGGAGCUGGCUGACAUAUGCAAAGAAGUGGGCCUUCCUCCGGGUGUAUUAAAUAUUCUCACUGGAUUAGGCCCUGAUGCUGGUGCUCCCUUAGCUUCCCACCCUGACGUAGACAAGAUUGCCUUUACUGGAAGCUCUGCAACUGGAAGCAAGGUUAUGACAGCUGCUGCACAAUUAGUCAAGCCUGUCUCACUAGAGCUUGGUGGAAAAAGCCCAAUCAUUGUUUUUGAGGAUGUUGAUCUUGAUAAGGCUGCUGAAUGGACCCUCUUUGGUUGCUUCUGGACAAAUGGUCAGAUAUGCAGUGCAACUUCCCGCCUUAUUGUUCAUGAAAGUAUAGCAGCAAAAUUUUUGGAUACCCUUGUCAAAUGGGCCAAAAACAUCAAAGUUUCAGAUCCCUUUGAAGAAGGUUGCAGGCUAGGCCCUGUUGUUAGUGAAGGACAGUAUGAAAAAAUAUUGAAGUUUAUCUCAAAUGCUAAGAGUGAGGGCGCAACCAUUUUGACUGGUGGAUCUCGUCCAGAGCAUCUAAAGAAUGGAUUUUUUAUUGAACCAACCAUUAUAACGGAUGUGACUACCUCCAUGCAAAUUUGGAAAGAAGAAGUAUUUGGACCCGUGCUCUGUGUAAAAACAUUUAGUACUGAGGAAGAGGCUCUCGAUCUAGCACAUGACACCAUCUAUGGGUUAGGAGCUGCUGUCAUUUCAAAUGACCUUGAAAGAUGUGAUCGUGUAUCUAAGGCGUUUAAGGCUGGAAUUGUAUGGAUCAAUUGCUCUCAACCAUGUUUUACUCAAGCCCCAUGGGGAGGCACGAAACGUAGUGGUUUUGGUCGCGAAUUAGGAGAAUGGGGACUUGACAACUACUUGAGCGUGAAGCAAGUUACUCAGUAUAUCUCUAAUGAUCCAUGGGGCUGGUACCAGUCUCCUUCAAAGCUGUGAUAAGUAACCAUAUUGAGAUAUGAUAAAUUGGUAUUGGGAAUCUGAGAUCCGAUAAGGUUAGGCAGUGCCUCGUUAUGUUUGGGAGUGAUAGUGAGUGUAGGAUGUCUAUGUAGAACAGUGCUAUUUGGCACUCGUUGGCUUUACUAUAUGUCUAUUUGUAUGCAUAUGGAUAUUGCAUGCUGAAACUUUAUUCCCAAUUUUACCUAUGAAUAAAAUAAAAUGAUUCUCAUUA